UGCUUCUUUCUCCUACUGCUCUCCAUCCUUGAAUGUCUGCAGUUUUUGCUGACAUUAAGUUUAUGUUCUCUCUCUGUUUCUUCUCUUCAUAGCAGCUACACCUGGGCUCAUUUCUGUUUAGCUGUGACCCCUUCCUGGAGGGAAGCUGAGCUACUGCUGCCAACAACAUCAGGUUCCCCUUCAGUGGAUCACACACCUGGAUCCACUCCGGCCACAUGCAGAACAAAGACUGAACUAAACACAGGAACAACAGAGACUGGUGAAACCCCUGAAUCCCAGUAGGCCCAGUAUGAACCCAUUUUCAUGAUCAGCUCCUAGGAAGGAGGCGUUGUCUCUGAAAGCAGCCAAAGACCUGAACUGUGACGUUCAGGAAGUAGCAGAUAAAAAAGCUUAAAGUAGGAAGUGUUCAGAGUUUGGAGCCACAUCCUGAUCACAUCAAGAGACGAAGCUUCACUCCACAUCCAGAGGAAACAUGGACCAAACAGCUCUGAUGCUGCUUCUGUGUCUCUGCAGCUCAGCGCUGUCUGAUGAACUCAGACUGGUAGCAGGAAGGAGACGCUGUGUUGGCAGACUGGAGAAGAAGGAUCUGGGAGACUGGAAACCAGUGGAAUAUUGGAACUGGGACUGGAACUUUACAUCAGCAGCUGGAGCUUGCAGACAGCUCCACUGUGGAUCUGUGGUGUCGUUACAAAUAGAUGAGAACUACAAUGUGGAGAUCGUCUGUUCAGACUCAGUCAGGCUGGUUCAAGGGACCAACCGGUGCUCAGGCAGACUGGAGGUGAAGACCAACCAGUCGUGGUCCUCAGUGUGUGAAAAAGACUUUGACCUACGGGAUGCAAAGGUGGUCUGCAGGGAGAUUGGCUGUGGGCCUCCUUCAGUCCACCAGGGGGCGUUCUAUGGAGAAGCAGAGGCUCCAGUGGGGAGCAGAAAGUUCCUGUGUGAAGGCAGUGAGUCUGCUCUGCUGAACUGCAUCCGGAUUAAAACUUCAGGUAGAAACAGCUGCUCACCUGGUCAAGCUGUUGGACUCACCUGUUCAGACAACUUCAGGUUGGUGGGAGAGGCCAGCCGAUGUGCCGGGAGACUGGAGAUGUUACAUCAAGAAGAGUGGAGACCAGUGGCUGUUAUGUAUAGUUACUGGGACAUGAACUCAGCUGCUGCAGUUUGUGCUGCACUGGACUGUGGUUCUGCUGUUUCAGUAAGAAAUUCAGAGGAAGAUUCAGAGAGACCAGUUUGGUGGAUCUGGUCUCACUGUUUCCAGUCAGGAUCUGAAUUAAAGAACUGUUUACCUUAUGAUGGAAACAAUUAUCAGAGCCAUGAGUUCAUCUGCUCAGGUCUGCUGGUUGAGCCGCUCAUCUUCCUCUCUUCCUCCACUGACGGGGUCUCCACAGGCAGAAAGCAGGGGUCUGAGCUCCUCAUUGGCUCAAAUUUCAGCAUCAUCUGCUCCAUCAGACCUCAGUAUGAAGGCGGCUCCUUCCAGCUCAUCUUCAGCACCUCUAACUACACUCAGAACCAGACCCUGCCAGCUGUUAAUCACUCCGCCCUCUUCCUGUUCUCUGCUGCUGGCCACGCCCACCAAGGAACCUAUCGCUGCGUUUACCACGUCUACGUUUUCUCCUAUAACUUCUCCUCUAUCAGCCAGCCUCUCAACCUCACUGUCUCAGUUUCAGCCUCUCCCACUGCUUUGAUCAUCAGACUGGUUGUCGUCCUGCUGGGUUUGCUGGGAUCAGUCCUGGUCCUCUACUUUAAGGCCAGGAGAAACCAGAAGUCUGGACCAGAAAACAACCAUCAUGAUGAAGGAUCCAGAGCUGAAGGCAGCUUAGAGGAGGAGACUGCAGUCUGAAGGAACCAGGAGAAAAUGAUCUUCAUUUCACAUCCGCAGGAAGGAGCAGAGACAUGUUUCAGACUCCUGGAAAUCUAUCCGUCUAUGUAUCUAUGAUAAAAUGUCUCUGUGCUCCUGCAGCAGGAAGGAAGUUCAACAUUCAGAAAUUUGUAUCUGGACUAAACCUACUUAAGUUAAACUUAUAUAAGAAGGGAAAACAAAACAAAACAUUCAACAAACAAAAUAUAACAGAAAACCCACUUCAUCAAAAUCUGAUCUUCAUCAACCUUGCAAGGAUAGCAUAUGAUAGGAUAUUUGGGGUCAAAGGUCAGGUAGCCAAUUCCAUCAGGCCCUGAACCCAGCUUGUGUCCUUGUCUUAGUUGAAUUGUGUGACAAAUGUAAUAUAGUUGAUCCUGGCUUGUAAUACUUUGUCCUGCCUGUAGGUGGUGUAUGUCAUCACUGCCAUGAUAACCCAUCCAAUACAUCCAGUUCCCACAAGUCUGAACCAGAUGUGAUCUGCGCCAUCUUAGUAGGGAAGUGCAUGCACAAUGCAUAGUGGACCCAUGGCUCCGAGACCAACACAAAGAAAACAUGCCGACCCUCUUGACCAAUGUGUGAGAGAGAGAUACAUGAACAAAAUGGCUGCCGUCAAGAUCGGCCUGUCUGAGACGGAGAAGGAAAAUUUAUCAGAUGAUGUGAACAAACUGCCUCUGAUCUCCUACUACAAUAAAGUUAACUAUGUAGUCAACACAAAGAGUGCAUACGCCGUAAACGAGCUUCACUGCCUGAAAUUCAUGGACGCAUAUAAUUAGUAUUUCAACAGCUUUUUAAAGGAGAGAAAAUCUCUCUGUGUGAAUAAUGAGGUUCUGGUGACUGGCAGACCAAGUACAUGUAGCAACAAACAUGUAGGCUACAUGUCUGCUUAGCUUGCAGAUGGGAUGGAACAUUUUAUAGUUACUAUGAUUAUGAGUGAAUUAAUGCAUAACAGUGUUAUGAUUCUUGUGUAAAGCAUGUGCUCAUGGGAAAGUCUUCUGAAGCUGUUUCUCUGAACUCUGUAUUAUUAUAAAGUUGUAGAAUAUUUUCUUCUUUGCAUUCUUAUGACAUCCUUAAAUGUUUAAUAUGCUUUAUGAAAGAAAAUGCAUAUGCUUGCAGUCAGUUUUGUAGCUAAGUAGAUUGUUAAACUGUGUGAAUUUAAUGAAACCUUUCCUAUAAAACAAUAUGCUGUGUUUUGCUCGAGGCUCUUUCUCCUGACUGUGUUCAGUGAGCAGAGACUCCAAACGCUGUAAAGCCUUCAAAUAAAUAUUGACAAAGAAUUUA